AUGUCGUCGUUGUUGUUGUUGUUGUCGUCAUCUACAUCUUCAUCGUCAUCAUCACCAACAUCUUCAUCAAUGUCGUCGUCGUCAUUAACAUCAUCGCCGUUGUCGCCACUUAAGUUGUCAACAACAUUGUGCUUUCUAUUGUUGUUAUUAUUUUUCAUAAUAAUGACACUGGAAUGUUACUACAACAACAUGCACGUAAUUAUGAUGACAAUGAUGAUCUCAUCAACAUCAUUUUUAUUGUUAGUGUCGUUGUUGUUCUUGAUGUCGUCGAAAAAUAGUUACAACAUCGACAACUAUUUUAAAAACGGCAACAACAAAAAUAUCAACAACUGCAACAACGGCGACAAGAUCAAAUACUGCAACAACAUCAAUAGCAGCCGCAGCAUCAACAACCGCAGCAGCAACAGCACCAGCAGCAAAAACAACAACAGCAACAACAACAAUAAUAUCAUCCAUAACUAA